CUUGAGCGUCUGUUCGAUACAAGAGCUUUAAUAGAAUGACUUUAGGAGGGAAUCAAGAGUGUUCAGUGUAGGUGGGAAUACAGUUUAGCGUGUGUGGUAACCCGAGUAAUAGUUAAUGUAACAUCCUCCUUUCUUUAUAAAAAAUUAAGUUUCCAAAACGUAGUCCGCAAACUUGCUUGGAAUUUUUCUCUCGCGUGUUGGUCUGUUCGUCGCAUCUGUGGUUUGCUUGCCGGGUGUGUUGAUCGCAGCAAGCUGGCUUCCUCUCUCUCGCACCGACGGGGUGGCAGCAGCUGAUUGGUUGACAACGGGUAAUGUUGUUGUCGUUGUUGCAGUUUCGUCGAACCUCAUCGCAGCAAGCGACGACGCUUCAGGUUCAGCUGUCAAAUCAGCGCCAGUUUGUGCAGCACUUGAUUCGGUUGGUGGAUGGCUUUGGGCUGGAACGAGAGGGAUUGUUGUUGGUUCUUUGCGCGGUCGCAGGUUGGUCAGGUCUCGGCGAUAGCUAGCUCCAUUCACGUCCACCACAUACGAGCGAUCAUUCAGUUUCUCGGUCACAAUCGCUGGCGUCCAAGUUUUGCUGAUUUCGGGGUGAGCCUGGACGUACACCGGCGAGCCAGUCUCCAGUGCAGAAUUGCUCCCGGAACGUUCUGCACGAUUCGAGGAGUGUAUUUCUCGAACGAAGCGGGUACUCCACACCUUGUGCUGCGUGAGAACAGCCUGCUCGCCGGACUGCUGCCGAUCUUGUUCGGGAUGUUCCUCCAAUGCAGCAAGACGUACCAAACGUCCUGGUCGGUUUCCUCCGCCUUUUGGAUCAACCUCUUCGCAAUCUUCACCGCUGCUUCCGCUUUGCCGUUUGCCUGCUGGUGGUGAGGGGCCGAAGUCGAAUGCUUGA